AGUCUUCAGGCAGAGAGGAACCGACCCACUAAGAACAUGAUCAACAUCCACAGCCGUCUACAGGACGUCUUCAGGUGCGCCAUCAGGGCCGCCUACCCAGACCUGGAGAGCCCCCCUCUGGUCGUCACGCCCAGCCAGCAGCCCAAGUUUGGGGACUACCAGUGCAACAGUGCCAUGGGCAUUUCUCAGAUGCUCAAAGCCAAGGAACAGAAAGUGAAUCCAAGAGAAAUCGCCCAGAACAUUACCAAGCACUUGCCAGAAAACGAGUACAUUGAAAACGUUGAAAUCGCUGGUCCUG